AGUAAGAUCGGGGCAUGGAAGUGAUUUCACAUCUUGACUCCGUUUUAGUACCGUUUCGAACGUUAGCGGCUGUCGAUGUAGCGACAUUGCAUCUUUGAGCCGCCUCAGAGACUCAAUCCUCGGCGAUCGUUGUUUCACACAAUUUUUCUUUAUUUUUUCCCUUGUGCUGAUUGAGAAACCAAAGUUGAAAGUGUUUGGUGAUCUUUGAGGGGGAGAAGAUGUGGCCAUCACCCACGAGUCCCAUCUUGGGCCGGGGAAAAGUUCGAUCAUCAACUCUACUUGGCAUUUUUGUGAUUUUUCAAAUUUUUUCUUCUGUGAGCGCACACAAGAGAGAAUGCGAUUGUGAUGGAUUGAAGGGGGUCAUGGGAAAGAUGGGACCCGCGGGUCUGCCAGGUCAGGAAGGACCUCACGGUGAUGUCGGACCUCCGGGACCACCGGGACGUCCCGGAGACUAUGGUGACCAUGGAGAAAUGGGAAUGAUUGGCGAGAAGGGUUACAGAGGUGAGAAAGGUCUCCAAGGAUAUUCCGGUAGACCAGGCUACAAUGGUACCCAAGGUGAAUAUGGUGAUCGUGGUCCAAGAGGAUUGGAUGGUUGCAAUGGAACAGAUGGUACAAUGGGUAUCGGAGGUAUGCCCGGAAGUCCUGGUGUUCGAGGACCACCUGGAGAUCAUGGUCUACCCGGCCCUAGAGGAGAUGCCGGAGAAGGCGGAAUCAACUCCAAAGGCACAAAAGGUGAUCGAGGUGAUUCUGGGUAUGACGGACGACCAGGCGAUCGAGGAUACCAAGGAGAACCAGGCAUGAAAGGUUACCAAGGAGUACCAGGCUUGAAUGGAUGGGAUGGUCCGAUCGGUGAUAAAGGUGAAAGAGGAGACGAUGCGCGACUAGAUGUUAGAGCUGUUCCGGGGCAAAGGGGACCUCCUGGAGAACCAGGCGAGAAAGGUGACAGCGUGGUACCGUUCCGACGUAAAAACGAAACAGUAACCAAGGGGAUUGUGGGUGAAAAGGGCGAAAGAGGUAUGCAAGGAGACUUUGGACCCAAAGGAAGUGAAGGUCGACAGGGAAUGCCUGGAGAGAUGGGUGUCAAGGGAUACCGCGGAGAAGAAGGAGAGAUCGGUGAUCGUGGCAAAAGUGGCAAAGAUGGUCCUCCAGGACCAUCUGGUGACAAGGGUCACAAAGGAGCACCAGGAUAUGCAGGGUAUGAUGGUGUUGAUGGUCGAAAAGGAGAACCUGGUGAUCCAGGUCAUCACGGUAUGCCUGGUGUUCAGGGUCCACCUGGUCCUAAAGGUAUUUACGAUCCUAAUUUGGACGAACGACUUCCUGGACCUCAAGGUCCUCAGGGAGAAAUUGGGCCUCUUGGUGAGAGGGGUAUGAAUGGUAUACCCGGAGAGCCAGGUCGUCGUGGUCUGACAGGUCUACCUGGUUUGCCAGGAGAUCCAGGUACACCGGGUCCUCGUGGCAAAAAGGGCACUUCAAUUAAGGGUCAACCAGGUGAUUUUGGUGAAAGCGGACCACCAGGUCCAAUCGGACCUACUGGAGAAUCAGGUCCACCAGGACGAAUGGGACCAAAAGGAUUUCCCGGAAGGAACACAUAUGGUCCAAAAGGACCCCCCGGUACCCCAGGACAUGAUGGUAAAUUCGGAUUUCAAGGUGAUCGUGGUGAACCUGGAUUACCUGGCCCUAAGGGUCUUCCGGGAAUAGGAGUAAAUGUCACAGGUCCACCUGGUGUUAAUGGUUUACCAGGAAGACGUGGUGUCCCCGGUGAUGAUGGAUUCGAUGGUAUUCCCGGCCUAAAAGGAGACAGAGGUUUGCGUGGAGAUGAUUGUGGUCGAUGUAGUCCUGGAGCUCCAGGAAAGAAGGGUCUUACUGGUGAUUCAGGUCGACCAGGAUUCCCUGGAACAUAUGGUCGCAAAGGAUUUGUAGGACCUCGAGGAGACAAAGGUAUAAUGGGCUUCCCAGGAUUGAAGGGACGAAAGGGUGUAGAUGGACCACCAGGAAGUCCUGGUGAAACUGGCAGAGUUGGACAGAAAGGUUUACCUGGAGAGCUCAUUAUCCAAGGCAAUAUUGCAAAGCCCGACCAAGGAGAUCAGGGUGAUGAGGGAUACCCAGGAGACGUAGGUCCGCCAGGAAAAACAGGCGAUGUUGGUUUACCAGGAAGAUUUGGUCUACGCGGUGAGAAGGGUUUACCAGGCCUCGAUGGUAUUCCAGGACUUCCUGGCAGAGAUGGUGCUCCAGGACGAGAUGGUUUAGAUGGACGUCCUGGAGAAAAUGCAAACAUUCCUCUAUACUUUUUGCAAGGAGACCGUGGAUUGGAUGGAUUGAGAGGUCCUAAAGGUGAUCAAGGUUUACCUGGUCCAAGAGGUGAAGACGGAGAUAUUCCAGCUUACAACGUCACCUUAGCAAAAGGAGACAUGGGUGUGCCUGGAGAUCGUGGUGAACGAGGUUUGGAUGGCAGGAAAGGUUGGGAUGGCUCGGUUGGUGCCGCAGGUUUACCAGGACCUGAUGGAGAUAUUGGUCAACCUGGCAUAUCAAUUCCUGGCCCAGACGGUUUCAAGGGCUAUCCAGGAAUUAUUGGUGAUAUGGGUCCAGCUGGAGAGCCUGGUCUACCUGGUAUCGAUGGUUUACCUGGUGAGCCAGGUUUACCUGGCUUGAAGGGUAAUCGCGGUGAUGCUGGUAGGGCCAUACUCUAUGGUGAAAUGGGAAUUGACGGAGAUGUUGGUCCAAAAGGUGUCACUGGUGAUGCUGGUUUUCCUGGUUUACCUGGUACUCGGGGUCUACCCGGUAUCAAAGGUGUUAAAGGACCAAAAGGAGAUGAUGGUCCCAUGGGUGUGAUAGGUCUUGCAGGGUCUCGUGGUCAGCGUGGUGAUAUCAUUUUUGGCCGAAGAGGUCUACCUGGAUUUCCUGGAAGGGAUGGAUUGCCAGCAUCUUAUGGUGAUAAAGGAGCUCGAGGAGAUCCUGGUUAUCAAGGUGCAAUUGGUAUAAUUGGUGCGAAAGGUGACAUUGGUAAUCCAGGUUUUUCUGGUUUACCUGGAGAUGCAGGAGCACCUGGUGAACCUGGAUUUGUUGGCAUUCCUGGCUACCGUGGUCUCGAUGGUGAACCUGGUGAGAGGGGUAGUCCUGGAUAUCCAGGGCGACUCGGAACUCCAGGACGACCUGGAGGUAUGGGUUAUCACGGUAUGAAAGGUGAAGUUGGAGAUGUCGGUUUGCCGGGUGCAAGAGGACGUCCUGGUCGCGAUGGUUUCAAAGGUCCGAGAGGAGAUUUCGGAUUAAUGGGUUUGAGAGGUCAAAAAGGUGAACCAGCUUUCAGUGGCGUGAAGGGAGAGAUUGGAUUGCAGGGACUACAAGGAUUUGCAGGAAUACCUGGGCAAAUGGGUCCACCCGGCCUCAAGGGUGUGGAAGGUGAUGCUGGUGAAGUUUACGACGGAUAUCCGGGAGAGAAAGGUAUACCUGGUGAUCGUGGUAGAGAUGGUAGGGAUGGUUACUACGGUGUCAAAGGUGAGCGAGGUGAUAAUGGAGCCAUUGGGAUGAUUGGAGAGACAGGUGACAUAGGUCUUCCGGGUCGACCAGGCCUGCGAGGAAUUGAUGGCAGAAAGGGUAUUCCCGGAUUGCAUGGUAUAGUGGGAAUACAAGGUCUCAAAGGUGAACUUGGAGAAGUUGGUGACAUGGGAUUCCCUGGAUUAAUUGGAUUGCCCGGUGACGCUGGUGAUCCUGGACCACCAGGAUUAUUUGGGUUACCUGGACCACAAGGUGAUAAAGGUUUCCCUGGUAUUCCAGGGAUAGUAACACCUGGUCGCGCCCAAAAAGGCGAUAGAGGAGAACGAGGCCCUCAUGGACCUCGUGGACCAAAGGGAGAUGCAGGUUUUAAAGGACCACCUGGGCCAAUGGGUCGUAAAGGAGUAGCAGGAGAUUUUGGAGAUGCUGGAUUACCGGGCCCUGAUGGUCUUCCUGGUAGAAAGGGUUUAGUGGGAGACAAAGGUUUGAGGGGACUCAGAGGAAUGAUUGCGGCAUUUGUUGAACCAGGAGAACCAGGUGUUCCAGGAUUCGACGGAUUCCCUGGGAGAGCUGGACGUAUUGGACCAAAAGGUGUGCCAGGAGAUUAUGGAGAUAAUGGACCACCAGGAGCAGUUGGUCUUCCAGGAGAAAGCAUAGACGGUGUUAAGGGAUUGCCUGGAGAUUAUGGACUUGAUGGACCACCUGGACGUCCAGGAUUGCCGGGUUUAAUUGGAGCCCAAGGUUAUCGCGGAGAACCAGGAUAUAAGGGCAUUCAAGGAGAUUUUGGCUACAGUGUCCCGGGUAUCCGUGGUGAACCGGGAGAUCAAGGUUAUGCCGGAACUCCUGGCUUAAAUGGAGCUAAGGGAAUACAAGGACAGCCAGGUAUGCAAGGUUUUCCGGGUGCUAGAGGCCCAAGGGGUCCCCGUGGUCCUGAAGGUGACCAUGGAUUCAACGGUAUCGAUGGGGAUGAUGGAAUUCCCGGUCUUCGAGGAGACAGAGGAGAAUCAUUCCGAUAUGAAUUGGCCAUUGUUGGAGAUCCUGGUCAUGAUGGUUAUCCCGGUCUCAAGGGUAUUCCUGGCGAUAUGGGCGAAAUUGGAUGGGCUGGUGUCAUAGGAUUAAGAGGUCUUAAGGGUAUGAUGGGUGAUCAAGGAUUACCAGGAUAUGCUGGAAUUGAAGGCUUCAAAGGUGAACGAGGCUUCCCCGGACCUCGGGGUCUCAAUGGUUUGGACGGAUAUCGUGGACCUCCGGGUAUUCAAGGUGACCCAGCCCCACCAGCACCACCUAGCCGAUCUAGGGGAUUUGUCUUCACACGACAUUCGCAGUCUGUCCAAAUACCCGACUGUACUGCCAACACUGUGAAACUCUGGGAUGGUUAUUCUCUGGCCAGCGUAAUUGGUGGUGGCCAUACAGCAGGGCAAGACUUGGGAUCAGCUGGAUCUUGCCUCAAAAAAUUCUCCACCAUGCCUUUCUUGUUCUGCGAUGUUAACAAUGUGUGCAACUAUGCUCAGAACAAUGAUGACAGUAUGUGGCUAGCCACCAGUGAACCUAUGACCUUCUCCAUGGCCCCAAUUCCUUCCCGCGAAGUUGAGAAGUACAUAUCUAGGUGCUCUGUCUGUGAAAGUAGGACUAGAGUUAUCUCACUUCACAGUCAAACCAUGUCUAUUCCGAACUGUCCUGGUGGUUGGGAAGAGUUGUGGGUUGGAUACAGUUACUUCAUGUACACUUCUGACAAUACUGGUGGACAUGGCCAGGAUCUUCUGUCUCCGGGAUCGUGCUUAGAAGAGUUCAGACAAAUGCCCGUGAUUGAGUGUCAUGGUCAUGGAAGAUGCAACUACUACGAUCAAUUGACAUCCUUCUGGCUCACUGUUGUUGACGACAGCAAUAUGUUCAAGAAACCCGUUCAACAAACCAUCAAGAUGGAUCAGUCCUCUAAAGUCAGUAGGUGCACGGUUUGCCGCAAAAUUGAUCAAUCUCCACGAGCUCGAUCGACUAACGACUUCCCUGAUGCAUCAGCUCUCCUGAGACCACAGGAGAGAGUUCGUGCUCCAAUUCAACCACCAUCCCAGCCAGUACCCCGACGGUACAGAUUCAGGCGUCCAGGGGCCAACAGGAGACCGUGGAGAUUUCAGUAACUUAGCCAUUAUAUCGAAAUAAUCUAAUUAUGAAUCCCGAUAAAAUUUUGUAAAAGAAUUUUAUUUCAAAAUUAACACCCAAAAUCACGAAUCCGUGAACAUUGCGAAAGUGAUAAAUGUAUGUUGAAACCAAAAAAAAAAAAAUAAGAAAGAAUUGUUCUUCGUUGUUUAAUAAGCUUAAUGUAUAUAAACAUAAACAAUUAAUUACUACUUUUUUUUUUCAAUUGCUUUUCACUUUGUAUGAGUCUCUCCGAUUACACUGCCUUUCAUUUUGUGAAACAGAGAAAGAAAAGCUCAAUUAAAAAUGCAUUAUUUUGUGUAAGAAUAAAAAAAUUAAAGAAUUUACAAUUUUACAAAUAAACGAAAUUUAAGAUUUCU